UCUUCCCAUCUUUUUCCCCCAUCAAGAGCUUCAUCUUGACCCAUUCCUCUCUCUUCACUCUCGUUGCUUCUGCAAACCCUCUCCCACCGUUCUAAGGUCCCUCUCCCUCUUUACAGUCGCCUCUCAUGAUGUCCUCCAAGGUUAUCCGCCGGAAGAAGAAUGUCAAGAAGGGCAUUCAGUUUUGCCUGAUGGUGUGUGGUGCCUCUGGCACUGGCCGAACCACCUUCGUCAACACGCUCUGCGGCAAGUCUGUUCUCGAGCAUAAGGAAGCCGACGAUGCUUCCAACGCGCACAUUGAGGAGGGCGUCAAGAUCAAGCCCCUUACGGUUGAGCUUGAGCUUGACGAGGAAGGCACCCGAAUCUCGCUGACCAUUGUCGAUACCCCUGGAUUUGGCGACCAGAUUGACAACGAGGCCAGCUUCUCAGAAAUCGUUGGCUAUCUCGAGCGACAAUACGAUGACAUUUUGGCCGAAGAGUCUCGUAUCAAGCGUAACCCUCGCUUCAGGGACAACCGUGUCCACGCCAUGCUUUACUUCAUCACCCCUACCGGUCACGGUCUCCGAGAGCUCGAUAUCGAAUUGAUGAAGCGUCUUGCGCCCCGUGUCAACGUUAUUCCCGUUAUUGGCCGAGCCGAUACUCUGACCCCUCAGGAGCUAGCAGAGUCGAAGAAGCUGGUCAUGGAGGACAUUGAGCACUACAGAAUCCCCGUUUACAACUUCCCUUACGACAUUGAGGAGGACGAUGAAGAUACCGUUGAGGAGAACGCCGAGCUGAGAGGCCUUAUGCCCUUUGCCAUUGUUGGCUCAGAAGACGUGGUUGAGAUUGGUGGCCGCAAGGUCCGUGCCCGCCAGUACCCAUGGGGUGUUGUUGAAGUCGAGAACCCUCGCCACUCAGACUUCCUGGCCAUUCGAUCAGCCCUUCUGCACAGCCACCUGGCUGAUUUGAAAGAAAUCACCCACGACUUUUUGUAUGAGAACUACCGUACCGAGAAACUGUCUAAGAGUGUGGAUGGCGGUGCCUCUGGACUUGAUAGCUCCAUGAACCCUGAGGACUUGGCUUCCCAGUCUGUCCGCCUCAAGGAAGAGCAGCUCCGACGAGAGGAGGAGAAGCUGCGCGAGAUCGAGCUCAAGGUCCAGCGCGAGAUCAACGAGAAGCGACAAGAGCUGCUGGCGCGCGAAUCGCAGCUUCGCGAGAUAGAGGCCCGCAUGCAGCGCGAGACUGCCGCCGCCCAGGCAUCCCCAGCGCUGGAAACCAGUGUCAACGAGGAGUAGAUUCUCUCGAAUCACAUGUUAGGUCUUUCUUCGGCAUUAUAAAAGUAAAUUGCGACGUUGGUCUAUUUAUCGCUGCCGGCGUUGGGUUUUACCUCUCCUACACAAACUGAAGAGCAAAGAGAUGAGAGCACCC